AUUUAAAGGCUUACCUCUCGGCCACUCCUAGAGGCCAGCCUACCAUCAUCAGACAGCUUCGUACUUCUCAGCCCCUCCCGCACAAGUUCGCUCAUAAAAGCCUUCGGCCAUCAGCAUUUUUGUGCGUUGUCGACUUCUUUCUGCAGUUCCUGAUACCCGGUGCCUCGAGCUCAUUCACUUGCGCGCGGCUACGAUACAGUAAUCAACCGUCAUACGCGCACAGUUUUGCAGACACUCGCCUUUUGCUUACCUGCUUGCUGCCACCGCAGUCGAAUAUUGAUCGAGAAAGAAUCGCGAUCUACGACCUCCUCGAUAUCCAGACAAGAUGGCAGACCUCGUGGGCAGAAAGGUCUUCAAGGUCUUCAACCAAGACUUUAUUGUUGACGAGAGAUACACGGUGACGAAGGAGCUUGGUCAAGGUGCCUACGGUAUUGUCUGUGCCGCGACCAAUGGCCAGACCAAUGAGGGCGUUGCGAUCAAGAAGGUCACCAAUGUCUUCAGCAAGAAGAUUUUGGCCAAGCGUGCCUUGAGAGAGAUUAAGCUUCUACAACACUUCCGAGGACACCGUAAUAUUACAUGUCUUUAUGAUAUGGACAUCCCUCGCCCGGACAACUUCAAUGAGACUUAUCUCUACGAGGAACUCAUGGAAUGCGAUCUCGCUGCGAUUAUCCGUUCUGGCCAACCCCUCACCGACGCCCACUUCCAAUCUUUCAUCUACCAGAUUCUCUGCGGACUGAAAUAUAUCCACUCUGCGAACGUCCUGCAUCGUGAUUUGAAGCCGGGUAAUUUGUUGGUCAACGCUGAUUGCGAGUUGAAGAUUUGCGAUUUUGGACUUGCUAGAGGUUUCUCUGUUGAUCCCGAGGAGAAUGCUGGAUACAUGACUGAAUACGUGGCUACGAGAUGGUACCGUGCUCCGGAGAUUAUGUUGAGCUUCCAGAGCUACACGAAAGCUAUUGAUGUGUGGUCGGUUGGUUGCAUUCUUGCGGAAUUACUUGGCGGACGACCAUUCUUCAAGGGCAGAGAUUACGUUGAUCAACUUAACCAGAUCCUCCACAUCCUCGGUACUCCCAAUGAAGAGACGCUCUCCCGCAUUGGAUCACCCAGAGCACAGGAGUACGUCCGCAACCUGCCAUUCAUGGCCAAGCGACCUUUCCCCAGCCUCUUCCCCAAUGCCAACCCCGAUGCUCUCGACCUUCUAAACCACAUGCUUGCCUUCGAUCCUUCAUCCAGAAUCUCUGUCGAAGAAGCUCUCGAGCACCCAUACCUCCAAAUCUGGCACGACGCCUCCGAUGAGCCUGGCUGCCCCACCACCUUCAACUUCGACUUCGAGGUUGUGGAAGAUGUGGGUGAGAUGCGCAAGAUGAUUUUGGAUGAAGUUUCCCGAUUCAGACAACAUGUGAGAAUCCAACCUGGUCAGCAAGGUCAAAACCAAGGUCCCGCUGUUCCUAUUCCACAAGCUGGUGGUAGCUGGGGUGCCGAGGACCCCAGACCGCAGGAGGCAUAUGGACAGAGCUCUCAGGGUCUGGAGCAGGAUUUGGAGCGAGGAUUGGAUGCCAUGCACGGAUAGAUUGCGAGUGCUUCCCCUUAAAAGGAGAUUUUCCCGGAUACAUUGAUUGCGAAUCUUUUGUGGUGGCGGGAACUUGAGACAUGAGAAAUUGAGAGCGCGAAAGAAAGAAUUGACGAAACGACGGAGAAAAAUCUCAUAAUGAAUUUGACGACUUCUCAAGCAUAUUUGCCAUUUACGUUUACUGGUUUGUUUAUUUUGAAUGAUCGCAUGCCAUUUCAAGGGUCCACUUCCUAGACAGCCAGUCUCUACUAGUCUCUGUAUUACAUCAACACGAUAUGAUGUAACACAUUAUCUCAACCUCAUAAGAAAAGUGUUAUCCUUCUA